UCAUAUAAAAUCUUGUCAACUGAAGGAACAACAAGAAUAUCAUUUCUACAUACCUAAUCUCUACUUUAGUAAUACAAUUUUCUUGUAAAUACAUACUACUACUACGCAGUAAUUUAUGCUACGCUUUCGAAUCUAUCUCACAAAAGACAUAUUCUACAAAGUUGGGUGACAAACUAUGUUCCUUGGAUCAAGACGUUCAUUUGUUUGCACCAUAGAUGCACCGUAGAAGGACGUAUAAGGUUAUAGACUUAUUGUUUCCCAAGGCGUUCCAGGGUUAGGGAAUGGUAAUAGAACAUACUUGAAUCUGUCGUCAAGAUGGCUCCGAAGAUCCUUUGUGUUGCAGAGAAACCCUCUAUUGCAAAAGCUGUAGCUAAUCAUUUAGCAGGAGGUAAUGCUCAAGCUGUAAGUCAGUCACCAGUUCAGAUUUACGAUAUUAGCUAAUAAUCAAAUCAAGUCAAAUACUCUCAACAAGUACAUCAAGAAUUACACAUUCACCUUCGAUUUUGGUGGACAAUGGGGUAAUUGUAAUGCAGUCAUGACCUCUGUAUCAGGGCAUCUUACCUCUCUUGAUGUUGCCCCAUCUCACAGGAGUUGGACUGAUCCUCCACCUAAAUCUCUCUUUUUUGAAGCGCCGGUCAUCGAAUCUGUUGUUGAAGUAUUUUUUUCAUUAUUUCGUUUGUUCGAGUCUUUUCCACUGAUACCUUUGUGUAGGAUAAGAAAGUGAUUGCACAGAACAUUGAGUCUCAAGCAAGAGGUGCCAGGGCUCUUUUCAUAUGGACUGAUUGUGAUCGGGAAGGGGAGCAUAUUGGCGGCGAAGUGCGAGACCAGGCACUAAAAGGUAACCCACGAAUUGAGGUUAAGAGAGCAAGGUUCAGUAACAUUGAGCGGGCGUACGUACAUCCGCGCUUUUCGGAUUCGAGUUGCUGCUAACUGCAAUAGGCAUGUGAUCCAGGCAGCUAAGCAUCCUGUCGACCUAGAUCAACGUCAAGUAGAUGCCGUAGCUGCUCGUAUAGAACUUGAUUUAAGAAUUGGCUAUGCGUUCACACGCUUUCAGACGACCAAUCUUCAAAAGUUAGGAGGACCAUUGGCAAACAAAAUGCUGAGCUAUGGUAAUUACUUUCAUUCCUGUCGUCACAAGGGACUUAUAUACUAAUGCCGUUUUAGGUUCGUGUCAAUUUCCCACACUUGGUUUCGUCGUUGAUCGGUAUUUCAAGGUGAAGAACUUCGUGCCUGAACCAUUCUGGAGCAUCAAGGUUACGCACAGCCGGGAAGCUAUGAAUGUGAUCUUCAACUGGAAGCGCAAUCGUCUAUUUGACCGAGCGGUUGUCAUCAUACUGUUUGAAAGGUGUCUUGCUGCGAAGAUUGCCAAAGUCACCAAGGUACAGGAGAAGCCAACGAAAAAGUGGAAGCCACUUCCUUUAACUACAGUUGAGCUACAGAAAGCGGCUAGUCGCUGGUUGCAUAUGAACAGUCAGACGGCGAUGACUGCAGCUGAGAGCCUCUACAAUAAAGGAUUCAUUAGUUAUCCUAGAACUGAGACUGAUCGCUUCGAUAAAGGGAUGAACUUGAGAGCUUUGGUGGAGAAACAAAUCCAAGACAACCGUUGGGGUCAGUUUGCUCAAAAUCUCAUCAAUGGAGGCUUUCGCUGGCCUCGGGAUGGUCGGAACGAUGAUAAAGCACAUCCGCCUAUUCAUCCUGUCAUAUACGUUGCUCCGGCUGCUUUGAAACCGGAAGAGGCAAGAAUUUAUGAAUUUGUCGUCCGAAGAUUUCUAGCCUGUUGCUCAGAAGAUGCUAAAGGGCAGGCAACCGACGUGGAGCUUGAAUAUGGAGACGAAAUAUUUUACACGCACGGAUUAGUUGUGUUAGAGAAGAACUAUCUAGAUGUCUACGUUUACGAGAGAUGGAAUAGUAGUACGCCAUUGCCAAAAUUUACUCUUGGGGAGAGUUUUGAACCUGAUGAGGCUAUGAUCACGGAUGGGAAGACAACAGCCCCGGGAUAUCUAACGGAGCCUGAUCUCAUCGCUCUAAUGGACGCAAACGGAAUAGGUACCGAUGCAACUAUGGCUGAGCAUAUUGCUAAAAUCAAAGAUCGUGAAUAUGUAUUCACGCGGCCUAAGGCGGGCGGGGCUGUUGCUGGCAGCUGUGACGGCGACACGCCAGCUGCAGGUCGAGGAGGACGUGGCGGGCGUGGUGGAAGAGGGGAGGUGGGAGGGGAGAUAGGAGGCGCUGCCGCUGAUGUGGGAGGUAGAGGUGGAGUUGAAGAGUUUAUUCCGACCACACUGGGGGUUGCCCUGGUGGAAGGCUAUGAUAACAUGGAAUUCGAAGUCAGUCUCAGCAAACCAUUCCUGCGAAAAGAGAUGGAGCUCAAGAUGAAGGCUAUAUGCGAAGGUCAGAAGACACGUCGUGACGUUGUCCGCGAAAGUCUAACACAAUACCAACGAGUGUUCCUCGACUCCACAGAGAGGUUAGCUGUCUUGAAAGCAGUAAGUGAAGUCACUGACUUCUUUCACACGUUCCCACGAUCAUUACGACCUCUAACACACAUUGUCGUUAGGCAUGCAGAAAAUAUGUGCUUAACGAUGGAGCGGGCCGUUAGCAAUACCCACUUGAUCUGGCUGGUUGGCUGUUUGCAAAUUACUGCAUGAAUGUUUGGUGUUCUUGCCCCAUCAAGGUACCAGGCCGGUCUCCGGUGCUGCCUCGGUUUAACAUUAAGGAUUGGGCAUGAAAUAUCACGAAGGAAGAAAUGUGCAGAGUGCAAGCUCCCGAAUUGCCCAAGGAUGUUGGACAUUUGACCAUUCCAUGAGGCCCGUAUUAAUUUUUAUUGUUUUUCAAUUCCGUCCCCAAAGUCCGAUUUUCGGUAAACCAACUUGACAAGAUUGUACCAGUUCGUUAUCUGCACUUCCCUGGAUCAUGUGGCUUUCUUGGGGAAGCAGCACGAAGCAGCACGAUAGAGAUCGAGUGGUUGAUGACGGAAGUAUGAAACUGGCAUUAAUGGUCAAGAUUUCCGAAUCGAAGGAAAGAAGUCAAGGUUUGGCCGGUUUCGCAGUUUUCGUCUGGCUCAUCCGGGUAAAGUUCACGGAAGCGUUAAAUCGUUAUCAAGGCAAGAUUGUGGAACGUGGGGGAUGGUAGUGGCCCUUACAGCACGAAAUAGCGAGCGUUUUUAGUACCGUACAGGAGCGAAGUGGGUCAAUCACCAACUCCUAUUCUAUCACUAGCAAACUCGGUUUACGAGGAAAAGGCUUCGCAUUAUUACCAAUGGUUAUAAUGUGUCUGCUGAUCAGGGACUGGUGUUGGCCAAGAAUCCAAUGAGGAAGAUUUGAAAGCAACGUGAAUGUCUUUAGGUUCAAUUGUGCUUUUAGAAGGGUACCAAGAUUUACAUACUAAGGAACGGUCGGAUGGUCCCCCAACGUCCUUAGUUGGUGAAUAUAUCCGAGGCAAGCGGAAAGUAGUGGAAGAUUAUUUAUGAAUGUAUUAUUUAGAUCUUCUAAAGUUCUAAAGUAUGUGUGAAGAGUGCGUAGGACGGACACUUGUGGAAAGUCCGUCGAUCACUGAACAUAUUAUAUUAGGGCUUUUUAAGGUUCGGAUGACAGGCACGAUAGGGUUUAGAUAGAAAGAUAGCCUAGAUAACUACCACAAAUUGAUAUGCAAAUAUGUAA